AUGGUGAGCCAGCUGAAAAAAGGAUGUCGCAGUGUAGAGGAGUUUCGAUGUUUAAAUAGAAUAGAAGAAGGUACAUAUGGUGUAGUAUAUAGAGCCAAGGAUAAGAAAAAUGAUGAGAUUGUGGCUUUAAAAAGAUUGAAGAUGGAAAAAGAAAAAGAAGGUUUCCCUAUCACAUCAUUACGAGAGAUAAAUACUUUGUUAAAGGCCCAACAUCCAAAUAUUGUCACUGUCAGGGAGAUAGUUGUUGGUAGUAAUAUGGAUAAGAUAUAUAUAGUAAUGGAUUAUGUUGAACAUGAUUUAAAAAGUUUAAUGGAAGUUAUGAAAUCACCUUUUAGUAUUGGUGAAACUAAGACAUUAUUAAAACAAUUACUACGAGCUGUCAAUCAUCUACAUGAUAACUGGAUUUUACAUCGUGACUUAAAAACAUCUAAUUUAUUAUUUAGUCAUAAAGGUAUCUUAAAAGUAGGAGAUUUUGGUUUAGCAAGAGAAUACGGUUCACCAUUACGUCAAUAUACACCUAUAGUAGUAACAUUAUGGUACCGAGCUCCAGAAUUAUUAUUAGGUUGUAAACAGUACUCUACAGCUAUAGAUAUGUGGUCUGUUGGUUGUAUAUUUGCUGAAUUCUUAACCAUGAAACCAUUAUGGCCUGGCAAAUCAGAAAUCGAUGAACUGAACAGAAUUUUUAAGGAUCUAGGUACUCCCAAUGAAAAGAUUUGGCCUGGUGUUAGUGAAUUACCUGGUAUGAAGAAAUGUAGUUUUACAGAAUAUCCCUAUAAUACCAUUAGAAAUAGAUUUGGUACAUAUUUAUCAGAUUUAGGUUCAGAUUUAUUAAAUAGAUUCCUAGCUUAUAGCCCAAGUAGAAGAAUAACUGCUGAAGAAGGAUUAAAUCAUACAUAUUUCUCAGAAUCCCCACUAAAAGUGAACAAUCAGCUAGAAAACAUGUCAGUUCUCCUAAACCCCCAUCUGGUGGCAAGGCUUACUCUAGACUAG